UUUAUUUCCAAUUUACGAACGAUCUAUCAAAACUAAUAGUCAUAUUAAUGAUUACAAAUUAAUUGAUUUGUGUGUGAACAAUGUGCUUGUUGAAAUGUAUUGUUGUUAUAUGUUUUGGAUAUGCUGUAUCAAUGACGAUAACAAGAAAUACAUCUGAAAAUACGGCCAGUCAGUCUUCUAAUUUCGUAAAUGAUACCAAUUUUGAACAUGAUAUGUUAGAUUAUUUUUAUGGUAAUCAAUCAGAUUCCGACAAAGAAACCGAAGAUAACUUAGACUUCAGCAUGAUGGACAUUGAUACCCUUAAAAAAUUGUAUGAGAACGCGCACAAGAGUAACUUCACUAACGAAACGGAAUCAAUGAAAACUAUAGCCAGAUUUAAAAAGAGUUCCGACGAGGCUGCACACGACGUACCAUUCUUCAUGAGCAAAGCUAUAGAUCUUAUGAAACAGUCUGUAUAUGCAACAAGGUACCGACUCCAAGACACGAAACCUUUGAGAAAGAAAUUUGCACGCGAUCCUUGUUAUAAUUUAGCGAUUUAUUACGGUUCUUUAAUGCAAUUGAGGAUAAAAUUGGAUAACGUGUAUGCCACGUUGAUGAAGCUCAGUUACAGAUUUAAGUUUAUCUGGUUUCUGAUUCUGUAUGAGCGAUGUUUAGCGCUAAACGUCGACGUGACGUCCAUUGUUGCACAAAUGUUUAAAAUCAAAAAUGCCUUGUUGGAAGUCCUACCUGAAGACUCUUUAGAGAAUUGAUUUUUUAUCAUAUUUGUUAUAAAAAAUAAAUUUUAUCAGUCAAA